AUGCAUUUUAUGAACUUUCUCCUCAAAUGCAACCCGUUGGAGUUGCGCAAGGGACUCUGCGCCCAAAAAUGCAAACCGCAAACUCCAACACAAAUUGACGUUCAGUCCGGCUUCAAGGAAUAUUCGCCAACAUUCCAGACACCAACAGCCAAAUUGGGGGGCGUGUGUAAUUAUGAGACAGACACCCAAGACCAGUGUAAGCUCGAGGAGGAAAAGGUAUUUGAUAAUCCGCAAGCAAAGAUAAUAUCCGCGCCAUACACCUAUUUAUGCAAAAAUCCAGGAAAGGAUAUUCGUGGAAAGCUCAUAUCCGCGUUCAACGAGGCCAUGAAGAUCCCAGAGGUCCAACUGCAGACGAUCAAAGAUGUGGUCGGCCUUCUACACGUGGCGUCUUUGCUAAUUGAUGACAUUGAGGAUUCUUCCACGCUCCGACGCGGAUUACCUGUGGCUCACAGGAUUUUCGGCAUACCGCAAACAAUCAACUCGGCCAAUUUUAUUUAUUUCCAAGCCCAAAGCAGAUUGACCAACCUACAUCAACCCGAGGCAUUUGAAAUUUUCACAGAAGAGCUUCUAAAGCUUCAUCGAGGUCAAGGAAUGGAUAUUCACUGGAGAGAUUCCCUCACAUGCCCGACAGAGGAAGAAUAUAUUGAGAUGAUAUCAAACAAGACUGGUGGUCUAUUUCGACUCGCCAUCAGGUUGAUGCAACUAGAGAGCGAGAGUUCACAGGACUAUGUGCCUUUGGCAGAAACAUUAGGAAUCUUGUUUCAAGUCCGGGAUGACUACCAGAAUCUACAAAGCAAGCUUUACAGCGACGGAAAAGGCUUUGCCGAGGAUAUCACGGAGGGGAAGUUUUCUUAUCCUAUUAUACACAGCAUCCGAAACAAUCCUGGAGACUUUCAACUGCUGGAUAUUCUUCGGCAACGGACCGAUGACGAGGCAGUCAAAUUAUACGCUAUACAGAUCAUCGAGUCAACUGCAAGUUUUGAAUACUGUCGCCAGAAGAUGACGACCUUGACAGCUCAGGUCAGGGGUAUGCUGGAUAGCAUGGGAGAGGGGAAUGACUUAGCGGGGCUAAAGAGCUUACUACGGUACAUAGGUUCUAUCUAG